CUCUGUCAUAAAGCGAAAACAAUUUACUUUUGUUAGAUUAGUGACAGAGUACAUUUUCCACAAACUUUUCAAUAAGCAAAUUAUUAUUUUCUGCAGUGAUUAAAAUAUUAGAGAGGUGUUUAAAAUAUAUUCAAAUGGAUUUAAAUGAUUUGGAUAUCUACGAAGAUUUGGACACAUUCCAAAAAGAGGAGGAAAAGAAAACAGCAGAACUUCUUUCGCUUGAAGCCAAGUACAAUGAUUCCCAGAAAACGAUUGAAACUUUACAGGUGGAAAAUGCUGAGUUGAAAAAGCAAAUAAGACGCAUAGGUAUAAAUUUUCAAAACCUGCUGGACACAGCAAAAGCAGAGAUUAAACGCAAGGACAAACAGAUCGACCAAAUACGCAAAGAGAAGGAUGAUAUAUGCUUCAGACGUAAGCAACCACGACGGGAAUAUACAGAUUUCGCAAGCUCGUCGCAAAAUACAAAUUCAUGGUUUAGAGACGAAUCAGUUUUACCUGCACAUGAUUUUGAAGCAAAUACUAAUGCAAAUGCACAAAGAGGCAAAGAAUCGGUUGAAACCAUGAACAAUGAACAACCGUGCACAACAUCGUAUACUAAAAGUCUGUGUGAAUUUGUACAAAUGCGCGAUGAAUAUAAAAAGGCUGAACUUCGCGAUGAAAGGUCUGAGCGUAAGUACGAUUGUGAUCCCCAGCGUGAAAAAUACAACAGAGCUAAUAGCCAGAGGGAUCAGCAUGAGUCGAGGCAAAGAGCGCAUAGCAAAGAUAGUAGCGCUAGAAGAGAUUAUAGUCGCAGUUAUGAUAGCAGAACAGCCGAUCGAAGUCGUAGGGACGAACGCGACAUUAGACAUAAAAAUAAGCUUUAUACGACCGAAAAGGAAAAAGAGUCGUACAACAACACAGAUAAUGGUAGACGACAACGUUCCUAUGAUAGAUUGAGUGAUCGUUCAAGGCAUCACAGCAAAGAGGACAGUCGUUAUGACAGGCGGAGCGAUCGCAAAGAGGAAAAAACCAAGUCUGAAAGCUACGACAGUCGUCAUGACAGGCGAAGCGAUUUCAAAAAAUAUCACGAAGAUACUAAUAAAAAAUCUAAAGAAAAAAAUGAAAAAGCUUGUGAGGAAGUGAAUAAUAUCAAUAAAAAUGAAGUUGCAACUUAUGCAAAGAACUCAGAUGCCCGUAAAAGACAUGAUGAUAUACGUGGAAAAUCAUCGAAACCUUCGGAAAGCAAUAGAGAAAAUAAAUUUAAUGAAUCACACAAACUAAGUAAAGGAAGUCAUACAGAAGCCAAGCGUACUGAAACUGUUGAGGAUCUUGCUUUUUUAGGCAAAAAUCUGCCAGCUACCAAAGACCCAAAAAAUCUUGAAAAAGUACUGGCAGAAGAAAAGUUGAACAAGGAAAAAUUGCUAUCUGCAGAAAGUGAUAGUACUCGUACGAGAACUGAUACAAAUGCAAAUUGUUUGAUGCCUGCAAACGGCAUGACAACGCCAAAGAAAACUGCUAUGCUUGACAAACUCUUCGGAAGCACACCUACCAAUGAGCGCGAUAUCAAUAGUAAUACAUUGAGUAAUGCGAUUGGUUUUCUAAAAAGUAACAACAGUUCAGUAACAACCUCUCCAAGCAAUUAUACCGAUACCAGCGAGUCAACUACUAUAGCUUACACAAACAAUCGGAAGAAUACUGAGUCUGAUGAAGAUUAUCUGCCAAUAAACGGAGACCAAAACAACCAUAAUAAAAAUGAUAUACGUGUCGUCGUAAAAAACGAUAAUACAGCAACUAAUAGUGAUUUGACCGUUGAGGCGAAAUCUGAGGAACUUAUUUCCAGUGUCACGAGUAAAAAUCAAACUGCAGAUGAAAGUACAUUUACGAAGUUCGGGAAUAGUGUGAAAACAAGUGAAGAAACGUUAGAUUAUGCUAAGUUAGCAACAAGUAUGCUAUCAGAAGAAGAAGAAGAAGAAGACGAGACUGAAGUUGAACAAGCAGUUGAAACUGUUAGUACCUAUAAUGAUGCAGCGAUUUAUAACGAACAAAAAACGAAUGGCAAUAAAAAUAAGGGUGGCAUACAAAUUUUGCAGAACAUACGCUUACCCAAUAUAUAUGAAAUACGCGCACAACAAAGACGGCUGCUUGAAGCCAUAGCUGCUAAAAAAGCCAAACGAGCUUUGACUGCAAAAGCAAAAGAUAUACAAAAAAAUGCAAACACAACUAAGAUGGUUCCAGUUCCAGAAGACACCAGUAAAGAUCUAGAGAAAACACCAACUACCGCCACGGAAAAUAAUAAAGGUGUUGGUCUACAAGAUGGAUGUGUCGAAACAAAAAACAAACAGGAUGAAGAAUGUUCACUUGGUAACUCACCACAGCUAAAUGUUAGUGUUAGUGCUGAUUUGAAUACUAUUACAUUCAAUAACGAAAAAACGAUGGAAGAAAAUGGAACAGAGACAUCUAACACCGCAGUGCAGCAAAGCAUUGGAAACGUGACGUUAUCUGAUCAAAAUAUUUCGUCACUUUUGGCAGCUGCUGCAAUUAUAGAAAAUGCAGAAAAAUGUGUAAAUAGCAACACUGCUGCAGACGAUGCCGUAUUGAAGCAAAUGAAAUCUGAUGCAAUUUGCACUAAUCAACAAACUGAAUCUGUGGUAGCUAUAAGCUCAAAUAAUAUUGAAAACUCCGAAGCGAUACCAAAUGCAGUGGAAGUUAAAGAUAUUCAAUUAAAGCAAGUUGAUGAUCAUUGCCAAAAGGAAACUGAGGAAACCAACUCAAAUGAAGUUAAUACAGAUGUCAACAAUACUCGUAAAAUUGUUGCAGAAGAGAAGAAUAUCCAAAAUGAAGCGAAAUAUGAACAAACUUCAAUUGAAAUUAAUAUAAAAUCAGCUACUAGUCCAACACCUGAUAGCCGAAGUGAAGAGAAUCAAACUGAAGAAGUCUGUACUGAGGUUGGAAAAACUUACGCAAAGAAGGAUAUGCCAGAUGGUAAUUUGGUGACAAAAGUAAUGUCAGAUGAUAGUGAAAGGAAGGACACAUCGAUAGAGUCAAAAGAAAACAUUCCAACAUUAAACUCUACUACUGAAGGUGGACAAACAUUGAUAAACAAGGAUAUGCCAGAUAGCAAUUUGUUGACGAAGGUAUUACCAGAUGAUAGUGAACAGCUGAAAUCAAUAGUAGAGUCAAAAGAAAAUAUACUAAAAUCACAGGACCCUGAUGAGAGUAAAGACGAAGAUUCGCAGUGCAGCGAAAAGGCUGAAAAUAACACCGUCAUCGCGGCUGUAGCAGAAGAGUCAGAAAAAUCGUGUGAGCAAAAUGUUGACACUCAAGGAUCAAGUGCUAAACUUCAAAAAGUGGAUGAGCAAAAAGUAGUUCUUACACCGGAAGCGGAUAGCCAGGCAUGUAAAAAACGCAUUGAACCGCUAAAAACUGCGAAUGAAACUAUGACCAAAACACAAGUUGUUCCGGAGAAUACUGAGAGCAAGUGUGACAUGGUGUUGAGUGAAGAAAGUACACUUGAAAAGCACGUCGUUGUUAGUGAGCAAAAAACUCUCGAGCAAACUGAGGUUGAAAUUACUGAAACGAAGGAGGUCAUUGAAUCAGCAGUAGAUAAAUCAGAAGAACUACUUGAAACUGCAGAAGCUAGCAUUGCAAAAACUGGUGUAAUUGAAAAUUGCAUUGCGGAGAGCAAUGAUAUUGUGAUACCUGACUCCAUGACGUCAAGUAACACAGAAAGAAGUAGUGAAUGUAGCACAAAUGUAGCACUGUCAAAUGACAAUAACUCGAUUAUCAUUGCAAAGGAUCUUUCUGCAAUAACAGAAAAUGAUACAAAUACCGUUGCUAUUGAGGAAUCAGUGAGUAGGAUACAUAAAGUUAUUUGUGCUGUAACGGAAAUUGCGGGGAGGAACGAAAAUGAGCUGCAUGAGAGUGAAGUUGCGGUGCCUUAUUUAAUUAAUAACAAGGACACGCCGAUAGAAAACUGUUUAGAGGAAAAGGAAACAAUACCUGCAGUACAAAAUGUGCCCAAGACAGAGCCAAUAAGUGUGGCGGAAUCAAAAGAAAUUAAGUUACAUACUAAGACAACAUGUAUGAGCAAAAAUAUAAAAAGUAAACCGAAGGAACUUUCAAAAACCAUCAAUAUUUCAGCCGAACGGAAUGUAAUUGUUGAGAAUAUGAAGCGUGCUGAAGUUUUGUGGAAAUUUAAAAUACCUAAAAUUUCUGCUAAAAGAAAAAGAGAAGAGAGCGUCGAUAGUCCAAGCUCCAAAGAGAGUAAGAACACAGAGAGCGAGGCAGUUAAAAGAGAGAAACUUUGUAAUAAUGCAGAAACACCGUUAAAUCCACAUAAGAAGAAAAAGAGUACAAUGUUACUAUCAAAACAAAAGUCAGAAGAAAAAAAGGUGCUUGAAACAUUGUUCGAGGAUCAAAAGAAAAGUGAGCGUAUUAUAAAAGAAAUUGAUAAUUGGGCAAGAAGGAAGGUGGGGGAAAAAGCGGAAAUUUUAGAAACUGAAAUUCAAAUAGAAACUGCGCAAACGCAUAAGAAGUCUUCAAGCCAACAUGAAAUUAUGUCAAAUAUGAAUGGUAAAGCUGAAGUUCCAACAAAUAUGAAUGGUAAAGCGGAAAUACCAACGGACUUGAAAGUGUUGAACACACAUAUAAAACAAAAGAGUGAUAAACAGAAGGCCCAUAGAGAUACAAACACUGAAUGCUCUUCAAAUGACUCAAAAUGUGUUCCCGAAAAUCGACAGGAAUGCAAGAAGUCACCAAAAAAACAGACAAGUCCUUGUAAUAAAGGCGAUAAAACACAUACGAAGGGGCAGAAUACAAAAAUUCAAGAACGCCGAAAGAGUCAUUCAAAAGUUGAAGACGUGGAUCACACUCAUGGCUCGAAACACCGAGAUGUAAAAUCUACUGAUGAAACUCAUAAAGAAAAGAGUCGAACGAAUGGAGGAAACAAUGAUAAAUGUGAAGAAACGGUUGCUACAAAGACUCAGUGUGGUGAAGUACAAACACGAAAGGUAGGAAAUGGUGAAAAUGGAAAUAAUACCGUUAAGAAAUCGCCUGUGAGUGGAGAGUUAGGAGAAAAAUCCAAGAAAAUUUUCCACACGAAUAUUGAAAAUGAAAAUAAUAACGUUAAGAAAGAGGUUGAGAUUCGUGAGUUGGAGGACAAGUCUAAGAAAUCUUCCAACACGGAAAACAUAACCACUAAAUCACUGGUUGACGGUACAAUUUCCUCGAAAAUAACGAAAGUAAAAAGUGAGUGUUCAAAAGAGUCAGCAGACACUUCAAAUCAAAAGAAAGAAUGCGAUGGAAAUGGUUUUGUUUCGAAGAGAAAAUCAAUCGAGAAGGACGAAGCGCAGACUGAUAACCAUGAAAAGAGAGCUAAAUCUGAUGUAGAUGUAGGUAAAAAUUGUAUUGUACAAAAAGUAACGGUAAACGAAGUUUCGUCUACUGAAAUAACGGAAGUUGCUACCGCAGCACAUGAUAUGCUGGAAGACAUCACAAUUGCAAGUGGUUCUAACACGGCAACAACGAAAUAUAAUCCUGCAACAUUUGCGCAAACACCGAAACGUCGAAGAACCGCUGGGGAUACGAGCAGCGAUGAUUCGGAAGUUAUGUCUAAGCCGCGCAGACGCAAACACUGUAAAAUGUGUGUUGAAGAAAAUGAUGACGAUGAGUGUGUAUCCUUCACGGUGCCCACCACAAUGCCACAUCCGCCAGCUAUUAAUCACGUUGAUGCAGAACGAAAAAAUGAAGAUAUUAUCGAUAUACUGCAGAAUGACCGACCUAAUGAAUCGAACGAUAAUCUUCCUGCACCUCAAACACCGACAUCAUUACCGGCUAAUAUCAGUCACGAUGCAGCAUAUGAGGAGAUCGAUACACGAUUACAAUUGAUGUUCGCUUCGCCCAAACCUGCAGACAAAACUUCGACUAACAGUUCGCUUUCGGUCGCCAGCCAAGUGAAGGUCCAACUACUGCAGCCAACUUUGGAAACUAGUGCAGUAGCAAUAGACGUAACUGACAACGAUGUGCCUGCCGAAAUUGGUUUACCUGUCACUAAGGCACCAGUUGACGACGCCAAACCACCGGCUGAUUUUAGCGUUACAGACACAUUCCUCAGCGACAUCAGCGCCAACUCUUACCUCGCGUCCGAUAUGAAUGUGACUAUUAAUGAAACCAAUCACAGCGGCGUGAAUGCGAAUUCGUCGUUCAGCGACAGUAAUGUGAGCACGAAGCAUAUUUCACUCGGCUCAAGUGAUUAUCGGUUUGAAAAGGUUUCGGAGAAUGUUGUGAAUUUAUUUAUAACGCGUAAACGACGUGGCAAGCGAAAGUCGACUGCCACAAUAACAACAAAUACAGUAUCGGCAACUUAGCUAGUAAGCACAACACGAAUCUUGUAUAUUCGAAUAUAUACUAUGUAAUUAUAAAAGAGAUUUGUAUUUGUUUUUUUUUUUCUUUUUUUUAUCUAUAAUUUCGCAUACGCUUGUACUUAUUUAACGUAUUUACAAUAUAUAUUUGUAAGAUAAAUUUUUUAUAAAAUAAUUAACACAAUAACAAUAACAAAGUGCACA